AUGUCAAUGUUGAUGCUACAGUGAUGGAUGCUGCUGAUGGUGAUGAUAGUAUGGCUAAAGUCAAGGGUCUGAGUGGCUUAAUAACUGUACCAGGCAGCAAUGAUGUCAUUCCUGUUGACACUUCAUUCACGUCUGAUAUUGAAGGAAUCAUCAGUGCCAUUGGUGAUGACACUAUAGCUGCCGAUAUCCAGAACACUACAGCUCCUCUUGCAAAUGAGAGCUCUGCUCUCGAUGAUCCUAAAAAUAUAGCUGAUGAUGAUUUCUUUGGUGAAAUUCAAGAGGAAUUGGAAGAUUGGGCUAACAAUCUCAUCAGCAUCCCCAAUUUGAGGACUCCAGUGCCUCCAGUGAAACAUGUCGAGUUUGCUGAUGAAGAUGAUGUCCUCAGCUGUAGCUCCAGUGAUGUCUAUUAUGCUCUUAGUUCCAGUGAUGACUCUCUUGCAUCAAUUUGGCAUCUAUUUGGUGCUGAUCUCUUGUAUUCCUCAUAUGAAGAUGAGGAUAGUGAGAUUAGUGACAGUGUCGAAGAUGAAAAUGACUAUGAGGAGACAGAAUCUGACUAUUCACCUUCAGAAAUGGAAGACACCUGGAGUACAUCAUCAUCUGAAUAUUCGCUUGAUGAUCACGGAAGAUUGACAAGGUCUGAAUCCGCUCCUGUUGUGAUACGGCCUGAUGCUAGUAGUUUGUCGUCUUAUGAAUGGGAACACACUCAAUCAUGUUGAACACUCAGUGGCCAUUGGUUGCUGAAACAAUUACACAAUUAAUUAUUAAUGUAGAAUUGUAGAUUAAUGUAGCUCUAGCAAUGCAUACACUUAACAUGCUUAAUGUAGCUCAGUUAUUUAAAAUUUAAAAUUAAAACGUUAA